AUGACGUCUUUCGUUACUUCCAGGACCCCGAACUCUGGCGGCUAUGGCAGCAGUCGCCUGGGUCGACAGCGUACAUACUCUGCUCGCCCUUUUGUGUGGACUCUGAUCAUUGUCUCCAUUCUUAUAUCGGGCAGUCUGCUCUCCGCCCAGGUUCGGCGGCAUGACCGGAACUCUAACGUCCGGUCGCCGUUGCUCCGCCGAGAUAUAUUCGCAACCACCGAAGACCUUGCUUGCCACCUCGUCCACAAAGCCGAAGACCAAUGCGCCUUCGUCCAACAGAACUGCGCCGACGAAGAAGCCGGCCUGUUCUCCUACCUGCAACUCUACUACUGUCGCCUGCCCCAAGCCAAACCCUUGGCGAUAACCAUAAUCGUACUAUGGCUCGGCUUGCUCUUCAGCACUAUUGGCAUCGCCGCCAGCGACUUCUUCUGCGUCAAUCUGAGCACCAUAUCGAGCAUCUUAGGCAUGAGCGAGAGCUUGGCGGGGGUGACCCUCCUGGCCUUUGGGAACGGAAGUCCCGAUGUCUUCUCGACGUUCGCGGCCAUGAGUACCAAUAGCGGAAGUUUGGCGGUCGGCGAACUGUUCGGCGCGGCGGGCUUCAUUACCGCGAUGGUGGCGGGGUCCAUGGCCCUGGUCCGGCCGUUUCGGGUGAACAGGAAGAGCUUUAUACGCGAUGUGUGUUUUUUCCUGGUCUCGGCAAGCUUUAGCUUGGUCUUCUUGUGGGAUGGCAGGUUGUAUUUGUGGGAAUGCGGCGUCAUGGUCGGAUUUUACAUAUUUUAUGUGGCAUUCGUCGUGACAUGGCAUUGGUGGUUGGGUCGACGAAAGAAACAGAGGAUCAGGGAUGUCGCCGCAAGAGGGCAAUAUGCCUCGGUCGAUGCCAACGGAGAUGUGGAACCGAUUGAACCCUAUCGUGACGAGGACGAAGGCGACACGGGAACCGAACAAACGCCACGACACAUGGCUGAGGACUUCCCCUCAUUAGAGGCCGAUCACGAACCCGGGACGUUGGACGAAGAUGACGAAGAAGCCCGAGAACGGGUUCUGGGAAGACUGAGCAGCAACAUGCGUCUGAUCCGCCCGAAUACGGGGAGACGACCGACGGGGCAAAAUCCGAUACGACCAAGCUUGGUGGGUGCGUUGGAGUUCCGGGCAGUGUUGAGCAGCUUGCAAAAGUCACGAAAUAUCAUGAACCUACCCAUCAACCUUCGACGAUAUUCCGACGACCCGACCUUAAAUUUGGGGACGCAGCAGGACCAACUCUCAUUCAUUUCGGAUCCGGCGGCAAGGAGUGUACAUUCUCUUCAUGCAGACUCUGGUGGCAAUUCGAGGAUGGCGCCCAGUGCCAGGCCAAGAGCGGUGUCGACCAACGACGCGGAAGAUAUGUCUACAGAUGCUAUCCCCCGUCAUGGAGCGAAUCUCGAUUUCCUAAGUCCACAUGAUGCCUUCAAUCGGGUCCCAGAGAGCCAGGCUAGUUCGUCAAGGCGAUCGUCAACCGCCGCUCCACCUUCUCCAUCGGUUUCCGUGUCUCCGGCCACGUCCUUGAAGGCAGAUGCUCAUGCUAGCCCUCCUCGACCGAAAUCCACCGACUUCCUCAUGCCACCAGACGCUUCCCUUGGCCCCCCACGAGUUGCACCAAGCGGGAACCAUGCAGAGCAACACCAGAGUUACGGUGCCACGCACUCGAAACCGUCGCCGAAACUUGUGAUACCAACUGGCGAGUCCGGAUCAUCGCCUGCUACUACAUUUCCUCCUUAUACCGACAAUGCAGCCUCGGCCUCGUCGUCGAGGGCACCCAGUAUUCGCCUUCCCCCACCGAGUAUAUCCAGCGAUUACUUCUCCCAUGUGCCCGACAUGGCGUUGGCGGCUCAGCUGAAGCCACUGUCAUGGUGGCCCUACACCGUUUUGCCUUCACCGACCGAGCUUUUCUCGACGCUUUUCCCGACCCUGUACUCGUGGGGGGACAAGAAUAUAUGGGAACGAGUGCUCGGGAUUAUCGCUGCACCGAGCGUCUUCCUGCUGACCAUCACUCUCCCCGUCGUUGAGAACGAUAAGAUUGUAGAGGACGAUGAUUUUCGCGAGCACAGCCUCCCGGCACUGUCCAGGCGGACCACCGACGGUGAGUGGGCAAGGAAGAGCACAGCGGCAUACCGUGAUGAUGUCACACCUGGUGCACUGUCACCGCUCAAUGCGGAAAGGCAGUCGGUUGCUGCACAUAGAGACCGUGCCGGGAGUUACCGCCCCUUCCAGGCGCCUGCUGAACUGGCCGCCUCUCAGCAACAUUAUCAUGAACGCGCAUUCCAUCCACAGAACGCUUUUCUUUCACCAUCUGAGAGCCGCUUGCUCGACUCCCCGAUGGAAAUGCCGUCGCCCAUUCUCGCCGCGGUAGAAGAAGAGGUAUGGGACCGCUGGCUCGUGAUCAUCCAAAUCUUCACCGCGCCCUUCUUCGUGGUGCUGAUCGUCUGGGCCAACAUGGACGGCACCCCCGCCGCCCUCCUCCGACCCAGCCUCAUCGCCCUCCUCAUCUCCCUCGUCCUCCUCCUCUUCAUCCUCAAAACCACCACCCCCUCCCGCCCUCCCAAAUGGCGGAAAGCGCUCUGCGCUGUCGGCUUCAUCGUCAGCGUGUCGUGGAUUAGCACCAUCGCCGGCGAGGUCGUCGGCGUCCUCAAGACCGUCGGCGUCAUCUUCAACAUCUCCGACGCCAUCCUCGGUCUGACUAUUUUCGCCGUCGGCAACUCGCUCGGCGAUCUGGUUGCCAACAUCACCGUGGCGCGCCUCGGCUACCCAGUCAUGGCGCUCAGCGCGUGCUUCGGCGGGCCGAUGCUCAAUAUCUUACUCGGUAUCGGCCUCAGCGGCGGGUACAUGACGAUCGGACGGGCGAGUCACACGCACGAGAAGCACCCGGAUCAGUCGAUCCGGUUCAAGCCGUACAAGUUGGACGUGAGCCGAUCGCUGAUCGUUUCGGGGGCGGCGUUGGUGGUGAUUUUGGUGGGGCUACUAAUCAUCGUGCCGUUGCGAGGGUGGAAGAUGGAUCGAUGGGUCGGGACGUUCCUGAUUGUGCUGUGGGUCGUGAGUACGGCGGGUAACGUGAUCGGCGAGGUGUUUAUAUUUGGGAUGGAGUAA